AUGUAUCGAGUUCAGAAAAGUAACCGCUAUGUGCGGGCCCGUCAGUCCCGCAAACAUCUGGUGGUUAGCCCGUCCACGGUAUCAGAUGAAGAUGAAUAUCCCCUCUCUUCCUUUGCUAAAUUCAAGGAUGUUUGCUAUUUUUCACUUCCUGAACUAUAUAAAAUCUCUCAUGGUUAUACAAGAACCUCAAUCUCCACCACCACAGCUGUAGAUACUUCAUACACAAGAUCUAGCAAGGGGAAAUACAAAAAAGGAAAGAACAAGAAAAGAUCUUCUCGAGGUCCAAAAGCUGCUGAGAACUUCCACAUAGGGCCUGUAUCUGAUUCUGUGUUGCUAUUAGUGCAUCUUUUGUUAUAUAGGUAUGAAAGGAGGGAAAGCUUUACACGGGCAGAAAUGCUGGAAUGUACAAUCGAAAAUGAAAGACAGAACUUCCCUAAGAUCCUAAAGACAGUAUCUGACUGCUUGGAGUUUGUCUUUGGCCUUGAUUUGAAGCCACUGGGUCCCACCAACUGCACAUACAUUGUUACAAACAAACUGGGACCAUAUGCUGAAACAGGAUUAAGUUCAGGCCUGCUGCUAACUGUCCUUGGUAUAAUCUUCAUCAGUGGUAAUUGUGCCACUGAAAAGCAAGUCUGGGAAGGGCUACAUAAGGUGGGUGUGUAUGACAGGAAAAACCAUUACAUUUUUGGAGAUAUUGGGAAAUUACUCACUGAAGAUUUGGUAGAAAAACUAUACCUGAAGUACCGGCAGGUGCCUAACAGUGAUCCCCCACUUUAUGUAUUCCUUUGGGGCCCAAGAGCUUAUGUUGAGAGUAGCAAAAUGCAAGUCUUAGAGUUUUACUGUAGGAUUCAUAAAACCACUCCCCGUGCCUAUCCAUCCUGUUACAAGCAGGCAUUAAUACAUGACAAACAAAUAGCCCAAGAACUCAUGAAAGGCAAGACUCGUGCUGCCAGGAUCAGAGAACGCUGCAAAGCCGCGUACAGCAACUGCACUCCCCCUGCUCAAAUCUGA